CCUGACGUCGCCAUGACAACGCCGUCGGUGGUCUCCAGAUAGAUACGAAGAAUUGCUACGAAGCUUCUUCAGAAAUUGUUGUCUUUGGUGGUGCACGGUCCAACAAAGUUUUAUACGAGGACGAAGAAUAACAUCAACUAUGCAAGCUUUCCCAAUUAAAAGUGAUCAUGAUGUCUAAAAGCAGAAUAAGUUCAACAUCGCAUGCCAUUGAUACGAUAAACAAUUCGGCACCACCGCUGGAUUAUUCUUUUCGAUCUCUGGCGGCUUUUGCAGAUGUGCUCGACGAAGAACCAAGGCCAUGUUUGCGAAGUUUGUUGAAACAAGAGGACACUAACAAAUAUAAAACGAAUGCUCUGCGCUUGAACAACAAUGCGUUAACAAACUUCAAUGGAUUCGAGGAAACGAUGCAAAACCUUCUUGAAAGUCCGUCUCAACUUUCGUGGCUGGAUUUAUCAUUCAACUAUCUCACAGCAAUUGAUAAGGUGAUACUGGGCUAUCCCGAGUUAAAGGUUCUGAACUUACAUGGUAACGGCAUUGAAAGGAUGGCAGAAAUCGAUAAACUUGCAUCAUUAAGUAACCUACGGUCCCUAACUGUACAUGGUAAUCCAGUGGAGGACACCAAGGGUUAUAGAGAUUACAUCAUCAACAAAAUACCGCAGCUCGAAAAACUGGAUUUUUCCAAAAUAACCAAGGCUGAUCGAGAAUGCGCCAAAACGAUGUCAAAACUUUCUGGAAAGAACAAAAAAGCUGUAAAAGCAGGGGAAACAUGAAAAUACAUGACAAGAUAUGAAUGAUCUGUACAUUACAUGUUAUAUGAAUUACAACUGAGCAACUUCUAAAAUGUGUGUAUACUUUGUAUUAAGAGAUAUUUUAUACACUAUUUAUAUGUGCAUGAUUUAUAAUAGAAUGCGUUGUAGCUAUAAUUAUUUAAUAUACAUGUUGGUUUUAUCUCUUAUUUCCACUGUAUUCUAAGUACUAUUAAAUCAUUAAGUCGACGAUUGCGUAACAGGCGGUCUUUAAAAAUCACUCCCGACGCUUCCUCCCAGCCAUCUUAACCCGGUUUUCCACUAGCGAUAAUUUUCGCGCGAAGUAACAUUUUACUUUCAACUCUCAACUGCAACCAUCUGGAACGAAUUGCUCAAAUACAAAGGAAAAAAUUCGCUUCGCGCGAAAAAUAUCGCUAGUGGAAAACAGGCAUAAAGUCGGUUUUCAAAUAGCGAUACUAGCUAGGGAUUAAGAUUCACGACGCGGCCAGCUCGAAGACGCACUUGCAAAACAAAGAAACACAACACGUGAGACAAUAGCUAUACCUAUGUAUAACUUGUAGUAGUUGUGGUCCCAGAACAGCGUUGCCAUACUCACGACGCCUUCAAAUGAGGCAAUUCCACAGCUUCUGGAGGACAUGAUUGCAGCAAAGUGAUAGCUGUAUGUUUUACAGCUUAUAUAUAUACAGUAACUGCAAUGUAAGCUAGAAGUUUGUUGACUUACGACUAAAACUAACGCGGUACAGCCAGUACUUCUUUACCAAUAACAAACUAUGGCAAAAAGUAAAAGUAUGGCAAAAAAAA